UACCAGACGAUCGAUAUUCAGGCGAGUGGGAGACCCAGCGAAAAGCUUUCUCAUCAAAAGGGGUCCCCCACUCUCUCAGCAGUUUUCAAUAAACUUUCUUAUAAGCUACAGGAAGUUCGAUCUCCUUCUCGAGAAAGACUGAACUCUUUAUAUGCGAAUGACUGCUUAGCCACUAUGCUUUCGAGUGGUUGCCUUACUUCCAAGCUACGGAGAAUGCCGGAUAUACAGGACUUUCAGUUGCUCAAGCCCAUAAGCAAGGGCGCUUUUGGAAAAGUGUAUGUUGCUCGAAAAAAGACCACGAUGGACUUAUAUGCCAUCAAAGUUAUAAGGAAGUCAGACAUGAUUAAAAAGAACAUGGUUGAUGCCGUUUUGACAGAGAAGUUUGCUCUCUCUAUCCUGGACAACCCGUAUGUUGUCAAGCUAUAUUACUCCUUUCAGAAUGCGAAAUACCUCUUUCUCGUAAUGGAGUUUCUUGUGGGCGGAGAUCUGGCAUCGCUGCUAUACGUGCUUGGAUCCCUUGACGAGGGUUUAGCUGCUUUUUACGCUGCAGAGAUUGCCUUGGCUCUGGAGUAUCUGCACGGCCACAACAUAAUUCACAGAGACCUGAAGCCUGAUAACAUGCUCAUUACUAGCAAAGGCCACCUGAAGUUAACGGACUUUGGGCUCUCAAGAGUGAAUGUUCGCGAACAGGAUAUCCAGCCUUUCAGCCGAAACGUAGGUGAAAAAAGCACACCUUUCAAAAAUGCUCAGAUCCCGUUACGUGUCCAGAGCGACUUGGAAGCUAAGACAUCUAAAAAAGGAAGUUUUUUACUGCUUCUUUUUCCAAAAAAGUCUAAAGUCUCUUCUCGUGAGCCCAACAACUCUCACCGGGGUGCGAGAAUUCCUUCCGAGGACCGCAUUGACAUGGAAGGUAACUGGCAUCGAUGCAAACCAGAUGAGUGCCGCGGCGCCAGCGCUCGCGUGACGAAGAUACCAGGCACUCCAGACUACCUGGCGCCUGAACUCCUUCUUGGGCAGGCGCAUGGGUUUGAGGUUGACUGGUGGGCCUUCGGUGUUUGCGUCUACGAGAUGAUUAUGGGCGCACCCCCAUUUCAUGGAGAAUCGGUUCAGAAAAUCUUUCAAAGAAUUUUAAAGGGAGAGCUAGAUGUCCCUUGCCUGGGAGAAGACUGCUCCUUCGAGGCGUGGGACCUGAUUAAGGGUUGCCUGGCGUACGCCCCCUCCAAGAGGUAUGGCAUCGUGAAGAUCAAAGGGCACGAGUGGUUUGCAAAGAAUGAUAUUAACUGGUCGACUAUUUUGAAGCAAAAUGGGCCAUGGGUGCCCAACCCGGUGAACACAGAAGACACGAGUUUUUUGCCCGUAAUAACUAAUACUGUUAGAUUAUUUUUACUUGCUGACUGCUAG